AACCCCAAAACCCCUUCAUCAGCCUCACUUAUAGAAUAGAACAUGGCUUCUUGGGACCCUGAAAGUCUGAGAGGAUGGGAAGGGUUGGGUGUGGAGAAGGAAAAUAAGACAUUUUGGGAAAACAAGAGUGGCCAUUUAGGAGCUAAGGGGCAGAUUAGGCUAGAUACAAACAGCCAGAUAGUUUACAGAGCUGGGAGAAAGAAUUAACGAAUCAAAGCGA